AUCAUAUAACACCACCUAAAAUAUCGAUCGAGAGAGAGGGGGAAGAGGAGAAGAGAAGAGAAGUGAAGAGAGAGAGAGAGAGAGAGAGAGAGAGAGAGAGAGAGAGAUGGCGGAGAGAGGGAGAGUUUGCGUGACGGGAGGGAGCGGCUUCAUCGGUUCCUGGUUAGUUCGUCUUCUCCUCGAUCGAGGAUACUCCGUCAAUGCCACCGUCCAACAUCUCGGGGAUGAGAGAGAGACGAAGCAUCUGCAGUCGCUGGAAGGCGCAGAAUCGCGGCUGCAGCUAUUCGAGAUCGACGUCGUCGAUUACAAUUCCCUUCUCCAUCCCAUCAGAGGAACCGUCGGUGUCUUCCACCUGGCAUCUCCUAACGUCCUCGAUCGCGUGCAAGAUCCUCAAAGAGAGCUACUGCAUCCAGCCGUCCAAGGGACGAUAAACGUUCUGGAAGCGGCCAAGGCGUGCGGUGUGGAUCGAGUCGUGGUGACGUCAUCUACUGCAGCUAUCAUUCCCAGCCCUGGAUGGCCCGCCGAUGCAAUCAAGGGUGAGGAUUGCUGGACAGACGAGGAGUUCUGCAGGCAGAAUGAGAUAUGGUAUCCACUUUCAAAGACAUUGGCGGAAAAAGCUGCAUGGGAAUUUGCAAAGGAGAAAGGACUGGAUGUGGUUGUGGUCAAUCCUGGCGUAGUCAUGGGUCCCAUCCUUCCUCCAGCUAUCGGUGCUAGCAUGGGAAUUCUCAUUCGCCUUCUUCAAGGAUGCACUGAUCCAUAUGAGAAUAUUCACAUGGGAGUCGUUCAUCUUAAAGACGCUGCGUUGGCUCAUAUAUUAGUGUAUGAGAAUCCAUCUGCAUCAGGAAGGCAUCUCUGUGUUGAAGCAAUAUCGCAUUUCAGUGAUUUUGCAGCGAAAGUCGCGGAACUUUAUCCAGAAUACAAUGUGCCAAGCUUCCCCAAGGACACUCAACCUGGAUUAUUGAGGGCUCAGAAUCCAAGUAAAAAGCUGAUUGAAUUGGGCCUCAAGUUCAUCCCCAUGGAAGAAAUCAUCAAGGAUUGUGUGGAAUUCUUAAAGAGAAAAGGCUAUGCCUAAAAGAUAGUUGUUUGUGCAGAAAAUUCUCUGAAUCCAGAGCUCCUUCAUAUUAACUAAUAUGCUAGAUUGGAUACUAAAAAUGGCUUUUUAUGCGAUACGUUCUUGUUUGGUUAUGAUAAUAGUUAUAUGGAAUUUAUUGUUGUUCC